AUGGUCCGCUUCACCAUGACUGUCUUGGCUCUUGGCGUGUCUGCCCUGGCGGCGACUACCUUCAACCGGCGCGAGAUUGACGUCCGAGCCGAGCCUGAGAUGCUAGGCAGGGCCGUUCCGGAAAUGACCCUGCACAGCAGGCAGGAUAAGCCGCAGGACUCACCCGAGGUUGCAAAGAUGAAGCAGGACAGGGAUGCGAUUUCGCCUCCGCUUACGGAUGCCAAGAAGAGCCUCCAGGCUGCAAAGGACAGCAUACCUCAGGACAUCAAGGACAAGAUGAAGGCGGCUCAGACAAAGGUCAAGGACACAUUCAAAGGUCUGCCCCAGGACCAGAAGGACAAGCUGAAGGACAUGGAUAAGAAAAUCCGAGCCGCGAAGAAGUCAGCAGCCUCCCCUGCCCCACCUGCGGCCCCUGCCCCGGCCCCGGCACCGGCCCCAGCCCCGGCCCCGGCCCCGGCCCCUCCCAAAUAA